CAAUUGUCUCUUGUGAAAUUCGGAGCUGUGAAAUCGCGUAAACUUGAGAUGCAUCCAUUGGAGGAAGAUAAAAAAGAGAAAAGUACAUACACAUAUGUAUGCACAUUUAUAUUCAAAUGCAUGUGUAAACAACAAAGAGCGACGUUACGCCAUCGGUGUUUAUAUGAAAUAUCAAGGAAGUUAUAUAAAGAUUUUUAAUUGAUAUUCAAUUUAUUUGAUUUUUACUGUUAAAUGAAUUGCUUCUAUUUCUGCUGCUCAAUUAACGUUACAAAACAUUUGAAUAUACGUUAAAAAGCAAAAAUGUAUAUGAGUAUGUAAGUAUGUAUUACAAACUUACAUUAACAACCAAAUAAUUAUAUUUUGGCUUACUAUAUAAAGGAAUAAACGAAAAAGAGAGAGGUAUCGAAAAAUAACAUUGAUAUAAGUAAAUAAUAUCAUAUCUCACAUUUUUGUUUUUAAAAUUUGAAAAAAAGUGUGUUAAUUCAAAUUUAAAAAAGUUGCAUAUCAGUGCGGGGUUUGUGUUUUCUAUAAAAACUGUAAUAGGUAACCCUGUUAGUGCUAAGCAAGAAACUUAUACAUGCAACUCUGCUCAGCACAAUGCUGCCAACUUCUGCUGAAAUCAACUCAGCACUUUGGCAAGUCUGUCCACCAUUUUGACUGAAUGUUGCCACAAUCGAAUUUUCGUGUCAAAUACCUUCGGUAGUGCAAAAGGUUCGGGAAAAAAAUCAACUCGGUGAAAAAGUGUUGACUAACUACAGCGAAAAAGACGCGAAACGUUGAAACUCUAUUAAUUUUUUUUUGCGAUAUGAACCCAAAGCGAGCCAAAUUCACAACACUGACCUCAACGGUUAAAGAGGAAGUGGUUCCGGUACUGAUUCAUGAUCCCAAUGCUCCAGAUGGUGCGCAAUAUGCAUAUGCUACAUUUACCUCGGCGGAAGAAUCUGAAUCUGCGGUUGAUUCAUUGUCUGGAACACAUGAAACUAUUGUGAGCACACAAGAAGUGAUAAUUGAUGAACAUGGACGUGCUGUGACCAUUCAACAACUAGUAGACAAUCAUACUGUCGAAGAGGUGGAGACCGUGGAAGAAAACGAUGGCACACAUACCAUUUUACAUAUUGUACCUUCAUCGCCAAUUCCCGAAGAGACGGGAACUGAAAGCGGUGGAGAAUGUGACGCCAGCCUCAGCCCAACCGACGCGAUGGGCUCCCGUUCUAAGACUUUUUAUUGCCCCAAUUGUGGCAAUUGCUACAGUGCUGCAGGAUCAUUAAAACUACAUAUGCGCGCUUGCAUGAAGCAGCGUGAAGAAGUUCCACCCGAACAGAGAAAAUGCGAAAUUUGCAAUAAGGUAUUCAAUUCAGUAUCGUAUUUGAAGGAGCAUAUGAUGCGGCACACAGGGGAAGGUCCAAGACGAUGUACUCGCUGUUAUAGAAAAUUUAUUGACGAAGGUAAAUGGAAGGCGCACAUGGAGAGUCAUAAACAACAAGAUAAACUAGACGCGGAAGCUCAGGCCUUAGCUGAACAGCAUGGAGGAAAAAAGAUAGUGGUUAAAGAGUUCACAUGUUCAUUUUGUUCGCAAAAUUUUACGGUGGUAUUCGAAGAAGGCCAAGUGAAACGGCGUUAUGCCUGUGAUGAGUGCCGCGAGAAGUAUUCUAACGCGGAACAAUUAAAACAGCACAAACAAAUGUUGGGAGAGAAGCGUGAUUUCCAUUGUGAACGAUGUGGGCGAAAAUUUGUGUUUGAGGGUUUCUUACAGAGACAUCUGCCAACUUGUGAUGGUACAAUUAAACGGCGACGGGACAUGAAGUAAUAACCCCAUGUGAUUUGCGUCUACGCGAAAUCUCACAAAUAUAACGUCUAUACUACGCAACGCUAUUUAGAUCUACGAAUUAAUAAGUUUUUCCGUACCUUAUGUUAUUUGUAACUUGUUUAUUUCAUUUGCUAGAUGAUACUUUGUAAAUAUGUCAUUUAAACCGUUGAAUAUAUCUGGAGGCAAUGUUCGACGGACGUAACAUUCUGUAGACUUGAAAUGCGUCCUCUCUUCUUGAAUAACUUUUUUUAAUUCUAUGACACGUAAAUUUUUGAAUUAAUAAAGAAGUCCAUAUUAAAAUAAA